AUGAUUCUUUCUCGUUUGAUUUCGAUUCUAACAGGCGUAGCAGUUUCUGCCUUAGCCACGAAACCGGGGAAAGUCGAGUUUGAAUUGCAGAUCAGAAACGGUGUUGUUUCCCCAGAUGGAUUUCCUCGCGUUGGCGUUCUUCCAAACGAUUUUCCAGGUCCAGCAAUCAUUGCAAACAAGGGAGAUCAAUUCAAUAUCACAGUUAAAAACAAUCUUUUGGACCGAACAAUGACUACUGACACUACAGUCCAUUGGCACGGUCUUCACGUCAAGAAAUAUAUUUGGGCUGACGGAGCGGCAUUUGUUUCUCAAUGCCCUAUCGCAUCAGGUCGAGCGUACACAUACACGUUUGACGGUGGAGAUCAAGCGGGAACAUUUUGGUAUCAUUCUCACCUAACUAGUCAAUACUGCGACGGUCUACGGGGCCCGCUGGUGAUCUACGAUCCGAAAGAUCCCCACCUGGAUUUAUAUGACUAUGAUAACGCGACCACGAUUAUUACUCUGGCAGAUUGGUAUCGUACGUCGUACUUGACACCAUUGCAAGAUACUAGAAUCUCACAACUCCGAAAGACAAACCUUACGGCGUUAAUUCGUGCGCUCGUCUUUUUCUCUCGUCGAGUCAUCCGGUUUUUCUCAAGACUAUCUAGGACAUCCGAGUCGACUCUUAUAAAUGGCAUCGGCAGGUACAAAGAUGGCCCACAGAUACCUCUAGCAGUUGUGAACGUUGUACAGGGAAAGCGUUACCGUUUCCGCUUCAUCUCGAUGUCAUGCGAUCCGUACUAUAAUGUUACUAUCGAUGGGCAUGAAUUGACGAUUAUUGAAGUCGAAGGUCAACGCUAUUCUGCAGUCCUGCAUGCCAAUAACCAGGUCGGCAACUACUGGAUCAGGGCCAACCCGUCCGAGGGACCUCAAGGUUUUAAAGGAGGAAUUAACUCGGCUGUGUUGAGAUAUCUCAGUGCCCCGGAAGAAGAACCAGCUCCGAGUGAACCCGAAAUGCCGAAGAUGAUGUUGAGGGAGUGGGACUUGCAUCCUCUCAAAGAAGCUAAAGUUCCCGGUGAACCGCAUUUGGAUGGUGCAGAUAUGAACAUCAACCUGGAUUUUACCACAGAUCCAAGCACAAAGCUUUUCUUGACAAAUGGCCACGCAUACAUACCUCCAGUUAUACCGGUGCUCUUGCAGAUCCUGCGGAUUUUGAAUGGACCGCCAAGCGAUCUUGUAAAACUCCUACCAAAGGAAACAAUCUAUUACGUUCCCCUGAAUAAAACCAUUCAAUUGUCGAUGCCUAUCAGGAAGAAGAAAGAGCUCUCCGGUACUCCGCACCCGAUGCAUUUACACGGUCACAAUUUCACUGUCAUCCGGUCCGCUGGAAACGACUCGUUUCAAUGGAACAACCCAAUUCAGCGGGACGUAGUUGAUACCGGGUAUUCGGGGGAUAAUGUUGUAAUCCGAUGGACGACGGAUAAUCCAGGACCUUGGUUUUUCCAUUGUCAUAUUGAUGAUCAUUUGGGAAGGUGUCUAUGCCUAUACACCCUAAAAAGAGCAUUACUGACAAAGUCGAGUAGGGGAAUGGCGAUCAUAUUUGUGCCAGAGGACCUCCGAAGCAUCGAGGAAGACAAUACUCCAGCGCCUGAUGAAUGGAAGAGGUUGUGCCCGGAUUAUGGGGACCAGUGGCUGGGGAACGAGCAGGAUAAUAUGAUGACGGACUGA